AUGAUUGUCAAAAAUGUGUCGAACACCAAGCACCUUUUCCAUGUCAAGAAAUUGGCACACAACGAUGCAUCUGAGCCGUCAGCGAAGUUGACAAUGCCCCCGAAAACGGCAAGAAAGUGGAAGGGAGCGAGCGUAAUUGGCAUUGUGCCAUCUUCAAGGCACAACCACCAAAGUCGAAUGCAAGAAAACAAUGUACGACUUCGUGGUACAACAGUUGGCAGUGAUCCUGCAGGAUUUGGCGACGUGAAUAAAAACAUUGAGCGGAAGGGUUCACCUGGAAAAGUAAUAAUUGAGGCUCCCAGUUGGCCCUCGGGUUUAAAAGACAAUGAUUUUGGAAAGGCGAUGCUUCCGCGACUUUUUCAUUGGGGGCCCUUGACAGCAUUUUCAAUCGUAUUAAUAAUAAGUUCGGCCACCAUUUACAUACAUUUGCAGUGGUGGCCACUGGAGGAUAUAAAGGCAUUUCUGCAUUUCUCGCUGUAUCUUUUUUUCAACUAUGCAACACUUAACAAUUUAUGCCUGGCAGGUUAUAUAGGACCUGGAUACGUUCCACGACACUGGACUCCUCCCACAAAGGAGGAUGAAGAGAAUUUACAAUAUUGUCUAGUAUGUGAAGGUUAUAAAGUGCCUCGGUCGCAUCACUGUUCACGCUGCGGUCGUUGUGCCAUGAAGAUGGAUCAUCACUGUCUGCCAGGUAGCAGGGUUGGGGUGGGUGCCUAUGAUGGUCCUUUCAAGACGGCUUGGAUAAACAAUUGUGUCGGGCAUCGUAAUCAUGCUUUCUUUAUACGCUUCCUUGCUGCAGCUGUUGGCGGGUGUGCUCAUGCUACUUAUAUUUGUGGAUCGGGACUGUAUUACGCUGUUUUUCGUGUAUGGUAUUUUCGGUACGGUACUGGUUAUGAACCUGUGGUUAUAUUGGGUCUUCAUAGCUUUUUAGCAAUAUUUUUCGCUUUUGGCCUUGCUCUUGGGGCUGUUAUUGCUAUUGGCUUUCUUCUAUGUGUCCAAAUUCGUAUUGUUUUGAGGAAUAGAACCGGUGUAGAAGACUAUAUUAUCGGCAAAGCAAAUUCUCAUUCACAAAGUGUCCCAUUUGUUUACCCUUAUGAUCUCGGAUGGCAACGCAAUGUUUCUGAAGUUUUGGGGACAUGGAGCGGACGUACGAAAGGGAAUGGAGUUUGGUGGCCAGUUAUUGCUGCAACCGACCAGUUUACAUUUUCUGUAAGUUAUUUUUGUAACCUGCUAGCUUUACCGAAGCCGUUAUCUUCCAACAGGGCCACUUCGUGUUUUCAUAAAGAACAAAUCUACCAGAAAUGGCUUAAACUUGAACAUGCGCGAGAAUAUGUAAUUGUUCGGAGUCAUCCUGGUGGUUUUUUGCAGUCGAUCAAAUUAGGGCUGCGCAUCUUCUUCUGCCAACCAUGCAGCGAUGAAACUAGAGUUUCUGUACAGCAAUCACAACACUGGUUGGUGACACGGGGUAACAAAUAUUGGCUUUACGGAAGGCUUAUGGUUGGAAAAGAAUUGAAAACUGCUGCUGAACUUAGAAACGUACCCAGAGGUUGGUUUCCAAGGGUAUGCGCGGAAAGGUUCAGAAGUUCUUGA